GCAGGGUAGCGGCAAGACUCGGAACACGCCAUGGCGUCAGGCGGCGGCGGCGGCGGCGGCCGAGCGAUCCCAGGCAGCCGGCGGGUGCUGGUGGUGGGCGGCGGCAUCGCGGGGCUGGGUGCCGCGCAGAGGCUGUGCAGUUAUCACUCUGCUGACCGGCACCUGCACGUCCUGGAGGCCACGGCCCGAGCGGGGGGCCGCAUCCGCUCCGAGCGCAGCUUUGGUGGUGUGGUGGAGAUGGGUGCACACUGGAUCCACGGGCCUUCCCAGGGCAACCCUGUCUUCCAGCUGGCUGCUGCAUUUGGGCUGCUGGGAGAGAAGGAGUUGUCAGAAGAGAACCAGUUGGUGGAUACAGGCGGCCACUUAGACCUGCCCUCCAUGUGCUGUGCCAGCUCUGGGACAAGGGUUAGCCUUGAGCUGGUGGCAGAGAUGGCCAGUCUGUUCUAUGGGCUGAUCGACCAGACCCGAGAGUUCCUGCAUGUGGCUGAGACUCCAGUGCCCAGCGUCGGAGAGUACCUCAAGAAGGAGAUCAGCCAGCAGGUAGCCCGCUGGACAGAGGACGAGGAGACCAAGAAGCUCAAGCUGGCCAUCCUGAACCACUUCUUCAAUGUGGAGUGCUGCAUAAGUGGCACCCACAGCAUGGAUCUGGUGGCUCUUGCCCCCUUUGGGGAGUACACCGUGCUGCCAGGACUGGACUGUACUUUCUCUGGGGGCUACCAGGGACUCAUAGACCACAUAAUGGCCUCCUUGCCGAAGGACGUGGUGAUUUUUAACAAGCCUGUGAAGACUGUUCACUGGAAUGGGGCCUUCCAGGAGGCUGCGUUUCCCGGAGAGACCUUCCCUGUGCUGGUGGAGUGUGAUGAUGGUGGCCGCGUCCCAGCCCAUCAUGUCAUCGUCACUGUGCCCUUGGGUUUUCUCAAAGAACAUCAGGACACCUUCUUUGACCCACCGCUGCCUGCUGAGAAGGUGGAGGCAAUCAGGAAAAUAGGCUUUGGGACCAACAACAAAAUCUUCCUGGAGUUUGAAGAACCCUUCUGGGAGCCAGACUGCCAGUUCAUCCAGGUGGUGUGGGAGGACACGUCACCGCUGCAGGACAGUACCCCUGUGCUGCAGGACACCUGGUUUAAGAAGCUCAUUGGGUUUCUGGUCCUACCUCUUUUCAAGUCUGCGCAUGUGCUCUGCGGGUUCAUUGCUGGGCUGGAGUCGGAGUUUAUGGAGACACUGUCCGAUGGAGAAGUACUUCAGUCUCUAACCCAAGUGCUCCGGAGAGUGACAGGAAACCCACAGCUACCUGCUCCCAAGAGUGUGCUGCGGUCUCGCUGGCAUAGCACCCCGUAUACUCGGGGUUCCUAUAGCUACGUGGCCGUGGGAAGCACCGGAGAUGACAUAGACCUGCUGGCUCAGCCCCUCCCUGUAGAUGGCACUGGCCCCCAGCUCCAGGUACUGUUUGCAGGGGAAGCCACUCAUCGGACAUUUUACUCCACAACGCAUGGGGCACUGCUGUCUGGCUGGAGGGAGGCUGACCGCCUCAUCAGUCUGUGGAACCUGAAGAUGCAGGAGCCCUGGUCCAGGCUCUGAGCUGGGCUCCCACUGGCUCUGCUUCUCCUGUGUGGAAGGCUGGGACCCUCCUCUUCUGUGACCUAUGAUUUUCAGUCUGACUUGAGAUGUUGGAAUUUUACUGCUAAUCUCUAUGGAGUACCUGGGUCACCCUCACAUUUCUCACAUCUGUCACUGGAGUGAGCUUGGGCUCACAGUGACGGGCUGCUGCUGUUAAUGGUGAUGCUUUGCAUAUGAAGCAGUUAACACCACCUUCUACUCAAAGGUGUCCUUAUGCCACUGGACAGCAACACCUGUUGCCUUUGUCUUCAUCUUGUUCAAACCAGGCAAGGCCCUGUUUCUGACUCUUGCGCCCAUAGCACAUGGCUCCUCUGGCUGGGUUCCCUGUGCCGCGUCCUGGGGUUGUCCCUGUGGUUGGCAUCAUGAGGCACUACCCCUGGUUCCCACUGCUCAGCUCCAUGGCCAUAUUGUGAACUACAAACUUCCCGUCGCUCAUCGACAGACAUUAGACAUUGUGAUGUAUGGGCCACCUUGUCCUGACCUGGGGCCUGAGAUUUUUUUUGGAGAAAGUAAAGACCUUGGGGAAUCAGGCUGAGCAGGCCCAGCAGGGUAGGCCUGGGGAGCUGGAGGGGAUUAGAGUGGGCAUGGGGAGUGUACUGAAGAACUGGGCAGUGUUGAUGGGCUUGCAACGUAUUCUCUUUGGUAUCAGUGCACCCUAACAGCAGACCUAGCGAACAGACUAUGUUGUUCUUUUCUUUUGUAACUUUAAUUAAAGUAUUGCUAUUCAUUUUUAA